AUGCCUGCAAGAAACCGUCCAGCAAAGCGUGUUCUCAAUCGUUGGAGUGAUGACCUCGACAAAGGUGUCCUGCUGUGUGUGCAGUAUGCGUGUGCAGAGGCCGGCCUGAAGAUCCCAUGGUCUCGGGUAGCUGCCCUCAUGGGUCCCACCUUUACCGAAGGCUCCAUCGUUCAGCAUCUUGCAAAGCUUCGAAACCUCAUGGCUCAACAUGGCAUCCCGGUUCCACCAGCCGUAAAGCGUGGUAUGGUCACAAAAGAACCAUCAAAAAUCUACGGUAGUGCGGGCAAUAAGGUUGUCGAACCAAUCCCUCCCAUGUUUCCCGGCUCCCCAACUGCUAAACGGGAGGAUGAAGGCGAAGACAAAAGCUCGCUCUAUGAAAAGCCUAAGCGUGCGAAGAAGGAAGCCACAAAAGCCGCAGCACCUGCGAAGAAGGAAUCGACAGCCUCAAAGGGAAAGGGUAAGGCCAAGGGUAAAGGUCGUCGUCGCAACGCAAAGGACGAAGAUGACGACAACGAACCUGUUCCAGAGCUCUUUGAUUCGGAUGACGAGUAUCCCCCUCCUAGAAAGCGUCGCAACAACACUGGGUCCAAGAAGAAGGAUGCUGCACGUGAAGAACUCGCUACUAUACUUGAAGAGGCUAUAUCGCCUGCGGUAGAAGACACCAAAGUUGACGACGACAUUGCGGUGAAGGUUGAAGAAGAGGAGCUCGGUGGCCCUGCCCGUCGUACCCGGGGUAUCAAGCGCGACUAUUCCAUCAUGGCCGCUCCUUCUGAUGAUGAAGCCGAAGUUGAUGAUGAAGCUGAAGCCGAAGAGGAAGCCCCAGAAUCCCCAGAGUAUAUGAACAACGACGUCGAAGCCGAUUUUGGAGGUAUUGCAGAUGACGGCAUGGACGAAGCGUCUAGCGAAGUGUCGACUGUGGUCCUCGAUCGCGGUCAACAGGUCGUGGCUGAUGUUCCAUACGGUCAAAUCAUCCCCACUAUGGAAGGCCUCCCUACCACGAGUACGUUCGGGGACUUCAACCCCCCGAAUCAUAUUGGUGUUGGUAUCAUCAACCACAAUAGUUAUUCCGCUCCUCAGCUCGGAUAUUCUGGUGCUGCUAUCAUGGGCACGAUACCACAAGCAUAUCCACAAUUUCCGAGUAUGAGCAUGUAUGGCUCGUCCACUGAUUCGUCCCGAAACAACUCGAUUUGCCCCGACAUGAUGUACUCGACUCUUCCAUCAAUGUCUGACGACGAGUUCUUGACCGCACAUACCGGCUUUUGUCACGGUAAUACGGGAGACGUGAUCAGUGAGGAGGACAUGAUGAACACCACGGCAAACGCAGACAUCUUCUGGGGGAACGGUGACUAUGAGUUGGACGACGCAUGA